CUUGUCUUAAUUAAAAGUAGAGAAAGACAGUGGAGAGAGAGAAAGAGGGGAGAAAGGGGCAGAUAGAGAGAGAGAAAGAGAGAGAUAGAAAGACAGAGUGAGAGUGAGGACACGAGAUCACAUGAAAGUGAGAUCAGAAGGUGGGAGUUUUCCCCCGACAGAGGACGGACUGAGCUGACCAGUAUUGGACCUUGACAGAAAGGAUUACAACCCAUAUAACCCCUGUGGGCUAUAUUGGGUUAUUGAACACUGAAUGCACUGAACGGCCCAAUUGACUGGACUUUAUGAGGACAUGAAGUGGACUUGCUUUUCCUAAAGUCAUCUCUGAGUCUUUGGAAAUGUAUUGAAGAGGAAGAUAAAUACUUUUGAGAGAGCGCAGCCAUUUGAUGCCUCUUCUAUUUCAGACACAAGGGUAAUGUGCCAUUCAACAGGUGCAUACACAGUACAGAAAAAGUAGAGAAGACAGUUAGUAACAUGCUAUGUUGAGAGCACAAUACAGCUGACAAAAUUAAUACCAAACUAACACAGUUCCGAUCACACACAUUUGGAUACCUGUAGGUAAACAAACACAUUUGCUUCUUGAAUGUGUUCUGGCAAAUUUCUCUGCUUUAACUCCUUUUCAUUCAUGACAGUGUAUUGCUAUGUAACUGUAAAGAGAAAUACACACUAAACGCAGUUAGACUGUAAUUUGAUCCCUCAACACGCUGCACUAAUUACAAGGGGCAGGCAGGAAAACAUAGAGAGAGAUUUGUAAUUAAGUCUUGUCUAUAAAAAGGGUGAGGCGAAGAAGGGUGAGGUCUACGUUGCCAGGGGAAAGACACCCAGUGUGAGCAGAGGAGCAGAGACACCCAGCCUGGAGCAGCAGGCCUUGUCGGAAAGAAUCUUCCAGAAGCUGUUGGACAGGGGACACGUGGGAGACCAUGGACUCUCAUGGAGGACACUUCCUCAACAAGGGAGCCGUGCUGUCUUUCCUGGGAGCUGCCCGCAUGUGCCAACUGCUGCUCAGCUGCACCAUCAUGGCCCUGGUGGCCCACGGCGCGGGCUACAGCGCCUCCUACGGGACGUUUUGCAUGUUCGUGUGGUGCUUCAGCUUCGCCGUCACCUUGGUGGUGUUCGUCCUGGACGUGACGCGGCUCCACGCUUGCAUGCCCAUCUCCUGGGACAACUUCACCGUGGCGUUCGCCAUGCUGGCCACCCUCAUGUACAUCACCGCCUCCGUCGUCUACCCCGUCUACUUCCUCCAGACGGAGUGCCCCACCGAGGGCUGCGAGGUGAGGAACUACGGCAUCGCCGUCACCGUCUGCUCCAGUGUUUGUAGCUUCGCCUAUGCGGCUGAGGUAUUCCUGACCCGGGCCAAGCCUGGCCACGUCGUGGGCUAUAUGGCCACCAUGUCGGGCUUACUCAAGGUGGUCCAGGCCUUCGUGGCAUGCAUCAUCUUUGGAGCCCUGGCCAAUGACAGCGAAUACACCCGCCACAUCCCCACCCAGUACUGCGUGGUGGUGUACAGCCUGUGCUUCUCCGUCACCGUGGUGGUGGUUGCCGCGACCGUGUCGGGGAGGACCUCCGCCCUGCGUUUCCCUUUCGACCGCUUUGUGGUGAUUUACACCUUCCUGGCCAUGCUUCUGUACCUCAGCACUGCCUUGGUGUGGCCCAUCUUCAGCUUCGACAAGAAGUACGGCACCACGGCCCGCCCGGAGGACUGCCCCCGGGGGAAGUGUGCCUGGGACAGCAAGCUGGUGGUGGCCGUGUUCACCAACGUCAACCUCAUCCUUUACUUCACUGACCUGGUGUACUCCCAGAGGAUCCGCUUUGUCUCCCAGUCUGCUGCCUAGCCCGAGGCUCCUCCACUGACCCUGGCCCACUGACACAGACAUGCACUGGCAGACAGCUGGGCGGACACCAUCCACUAACUCCUAAUGAGGAUGUAGUAGAAAUCAUGUAUUCUGUGUUAUCAGUGGCCGUUUGAUCUGUCUUAGUGCAGUGGGUCAUUUCCCAUCAUUGCUCAAGGUUUUCUGAAAGCCUCAUCUGUACUACUGUCUUGUAGUGCAGUGCAGUGCCUUUGUACAGUUGCUGUGUUGCACAUCUUAAUCAGUGUUCUGAGUUUUACAUGGCGUCAUCAUCUCAUUUCAUCAAAGAGAAUAUCAGAGUCAAGCUGUUAAAGGUUCACCCAGGACCGAUUCCACAUGGCCUCCUACUACGCCCCCCACGCCCCCCCACACCCCACCCCCUCCACAUCCUUCAAUGGCCCCCUGUAGGAGGCAGAAAACCAGGGGGACCAGAAAGGCUUAGCUAAGCAUCUUGGGCCAUAAGAGGAAACUGGGAGAGAUGGCCACCUCAGCACCCAAGUGCAUUUUCAUCUCCUAGUAUCAAGUAUGAAAUGUUCUGUCUCAGCAUGUCUUAGGACAAGCUUGUGUGAGCAGAAACAGGGUUGAAUACCUGGGCAGCAUAAGCACAUGUAAGGAUUACCAUAAUAAUGGUCCAUAUGAAGACUUUGAUUUUCCCUGACAGAGUAAAAACAUUGCCUUAUGAAGGAGCCUUCACUUACUAAUUGUAACGGUCAUUUCAGAAGUUUGUUUGAAUAUAGGGCUUUCAACCUAGCCCUAGUAUUUACGUAAGAGUACGAGAUCAUAGAUAGUAGAUCGUUUUUUCACUAUGAUGGACAUUGUUCAUUACAUACCUUGAUCAAAUCUAAUGUGCAUUCAUGAACAAUGAUGGGAUAAAUGAUGCAUUUUGAUCAAAUAUAGGUAUGUAGAAGUUAAUUAUAUAUGCUACUUGAAAACUGAAUGCUGUGUUAUAUUAGUCUAUAAUUAAAAUAAAUGCAAUGUAUUAAUCGUGUUUUCUAUUGUGAAAGUGUCUUGAAUAAAUGUGGAGAGUUUACAUAACUCACUCA